UUCUGUGUCCAAUGUCGAAUGCCAUAAAGAAAUAAGUUUCUGUUUAAUUUUUCCUCACGAUUUUUCAUUAAUUUUAUCAAGUUUACCUAUUUUGUUAUCAAAUAUUAUUUAUCAGCCGCUGCGUGUAAAUUGUGCACCUGUGGCAGCAAAUCUGUGUGCCAGUGUGCAAGUCAAGCUAUACAAAGCAAAUACAAAGUGCCGGCUUAGCAUGGAGGAUCUCAAGAAUGUGUCCUUCUCUCCGCUGCCGGACACGACAUACGUGCGUCCAUUCCGAUUCAACUACACGCAGAACGGGCAAAGCAAAUCAUGGGACCUGUUAGAAGUGCACGAUUCGGUUGCGAUCAUCAUCUUCAACGUCGAACGCAAAAAACUCGUCUUCGUUAAACAGUUCCGUCCAGCUGUAUACUUCAACAGUCUGGAGCCGGAGGACCGCGACGUAGAUGUCGUCGACACAGACAAGUACCCGGCAGCACUGGGCGUCACAUUGGAGCUGUGUGCAGGGAUUGUGGACAAAGACAAGCCUCUCGUAGAGAUUGCUCGUGAAGAGGUGCUUGAGGAAUGUGGCUAUCAUGUCAAGUUAUCUGACCUGGAGUUGGUAAAUUCAUACAGAUCAGGAGUUGGUGUGCAGGGGUCUAAACAAACUCUUUACUAUUGUGAAGUCAAUGAUGACAUGAAGCAAUCUGCAGGCGGUGGUGUGGAUGACGAAAUAAUCGAUUUGGUGGAGAUGUCGAUCUCGCAGGUGGAGAAGAUGCUAUUCUCACCUUCCGCGGAGUCAAUAAGGAGCCCGCCCUCUUGCCUCUACGGGCUCAUGUGGUUCCUGCACACCAAGGCGCCCAAGUACCGCAAGUAGGUUGCGACCUCGCACCAAAGAAUAUUUACCCCAUACUUACUUGUGUCGUUUGAGCGGCACUGCGAGGAGUGCAAAGCCACUACGGCCGAUGACGAUGACGAAUAAAACAUAUUUGCGUUGCGUUGAAACGACGUCGCGUCUCUUUUUCCAAAAGUCCCUUUCGCCGUUGCGCAUAAUUAUUGUAGCCACCCUAUUAUCUCGUGAAUGGUUAUAGUUGUAAACAAGUUUGUCGGUUACUCAUGCGGUUAUGUACUCGCGCACAAAGUGGUUGGUUACUCAUAUCAUGUACUUUUACUGCUUUUAUGGUUAUACGUUGGUAUCAUGGCAGUCAUUGUGCGUGAUCCAAACUAACCAAUUUAAAUCAUUUAUCUAAUGCAUUGCAAAAAAACAAUCCCAUUGCGUAUAAGUAUUUUGUAUGUACAAAAUUGCCUCUGUUGAUUAAUAUGUACACAUCUCACUGUAUGUAGGCACCGUGUGCCUAUAUGAGACGAGAUUGAGACAAAUGUAAUAAAUUUAACUGUAUCAACUAAGUAUAAUAAAUAUGUUGUGAAUUAAAAAAGUAGAAUUGUGAAUAUCAACAAAAGGCUGUGAUAAACUUCUAGAACUUUAGUGAAUGAGAAACUACUUCAAUGUCUCUUUAUCGUUAACAUUGAAGAAAUAUAUAGACUGUUACAAUGAAUUACAGAUUAUAAUGGUGUGUUACAUAUUAAGUUGCCACAGAAUUUCCGCGAUCAUACUGAUUAUAAAUAAGAAUGGCUAGUAUGUACAUACAUAAGUAUUUUUGUUUAUUUACGGAUAUAUUUAUAUAGAUGCGUAGUUUAGGACAUGACGUAAUUAUAUUUAGUGUAGAGCGUUUCUACGAUUAAAUCUUAAGGAACUUCAUGCUGGUUUAA